AUGAGAAUUAUCCUAUGUUUACUAGUCAUGUUGACUGUAGCAAGUGCUACUAAAAAAUUCAAUUUAGAUUAUUCUAAAAAAAGAUCUAUAACAGCUGUUUUGGCUGAAGUAGAAGCUAAAUUGAAAAACAAAUCACCACUUGAAGCAAUUUUAAAUAUUUUAAGAGAUUUCAGAGAUGCAGUCAACACAGAAUAAGUUUAACAUGAUGAAAUCUACAAUGUUCAAUAAGUUGAAUGUUCUUCUGAAAAUGAAUUUAGAAGUGCUGAAGUCUAAGAUGCUAGUAAUGUCCUUAGAGACUCAACAGCUGCAUUAAAUGUUGCUUAAACAUCUAAAAUUAGAGCUACAAAUCAAUAAGAAGUCAAUCAAUAAUAAUAUUUCUCAGCUUAAGAACACUUAGCCUCAGUUUAUAAUUCUGCUGAAGGGGAAGCUGGUUAUUUCAAGAAAAGAGGAAGAGAUUAUGAAGAUGCUCUACAUGCUAUUGAUGAAGCUUCAGACAUUUUGGCUUCUAUUAAUAGUGGAUCAGGAUCAUUUGUUGAAAUAAGUAGAGUUGCUAAAAACAUGCUCCAGUCUUCUUUCAACAUAAGAGAAACAACCAGAUUUGCCCCAAUCUUCUUUGCUUUUUCUUAAUUAGCUACCGCAGAGGGAUAACUUGAUGAAUCAGCUCUUGAAAGAGUUGCAUAACUUUUAGAAUCUUUAAGAGCUAAUAUCUAAGAAGCUUACAAUGACUUUGCUGAAUCAAAUGCUGUGACAAUUGCUGCCUUCAAUGAUCAAAAAGAAAGAUUAGGACAAAUUAUUGAUAGACUUGAAGCUUAGAAUGAAAGACUAUAAAAUAAAUUAGAUAACUUAAACUAAUAAAUUGGAUCUUAAUCAGCCAUAGCCUAAAGAGCUUCAGGAAAACUAUAAAGAAAUUAAUAACUUUGGGAUUAUGCCUAGUCUUUAUGUUCAACAUUUACCAAUGAAUAUAAUUAUGCUACUUAAGCUAGAAGAAAUGAAAUUUAAUUAGUUGGUUAAUUAGAAGAACUUGUUGAAUCCAGAUUUAACUAAGUCAAUGAUGAAAGUCAUGAAAGAAACUAAAGACUAUCUAGUCAUGCUUGA